ACGUUAACCACCAAAAGGACAGGUGUCUGGGAGCCAUGUGUGUAACCAGUACAGAGCAUCAGGUUCUUUGCCAGAGGAAAAAAAAGAGUUUCUGAAAAGUGGACCAGACUUACAAGACUUUGUAUCUGGAGAUUUGUCAGACAAGGGCGCGUGGGCCGAGUAUAAAGGCAAUUUAAAGCGUCAGAAAGGAGAAAGGCUGCGACUUCCUCCAUGGCUGAAAACAAGGAUUCCCAUGGGAAAGAACUACAAUAAACUAAAGAAUACCUUGAGAAGUUUAAAUCUUCACACGGUAUGUGAAGAAGCACGUUGUCCCAACAUUGGAGAAUGCUGGGGAGGUGGUGAAUAUGCUACAGCUACAGCUACUAUUAUGCUGAUGGGUGACACAUGCACUAGAGGUUGCAGAUUUUGUUCAGUAAAGACAGCAAAAAAUCCACCUCCACUGGAUCCCAAGGAGCCUUACAACACAGCAAAGGCUAUAGCUGAGUGGGGCUUGGAUUAUGUUGUAUUGACGUCCGUGGACAGAGACGAUAUGCCUGACGGCGGAGCAGAACACUUUGCAAAGACAGUCUCUCAUCUGAAAGAAAGGAAUUCAAAAAUUCUGGUAGAAUGCCUAACUCCCGAUUUUCGAGGGGACCUUAAAGCUGUGGAGAAAGUAGCGUUGUCGGGGCUGGAUGUGUAUGCCCACAAUGUGGAAACGGUGCCAGAAUUACAAAGGAAGGUCCGUGAUCCCCGAGCCAACUUCGAGCAAUCCAUACGUGUGCUGAAGCACGCUAAAGAGGUCCAGCCCGGCGUCAUUUCUAAAACCUCCAUUAUGUUGGGGCUAGGCGAGACAGAUGAACAAGUAUAUUCAACAAUGAAAUUAUUGCGGGAAGCGGAUGUAGAUUGUUUGACGCUAGGACAGUACAUGCAACCAACAAAACGUCACCUAAAGGUUGAGGAGUACGUAACUCCCGAAAAAUUUAAGUACUGGGAAAAAGUAGGAAAUGAUCUUGGAUUCCAUUACACGGCUAGCGGGCCUUUAGUGCGCUCCUCCUAUAAAGCAGGUGAAUUCUUCUUAAAGAACUUGGUAGAAAAAAGAAAGACAAAAGCCAUCUGAAAAUGAGAGUGAACCUAUUUAAAGCAGCCAGUUUUAAGGAUCCUUUUUUUCAGCACAUAAUUAUACUCUGUUCCAGAAAUGCAGAAGACCAGAUGGUGGAUGUAUGAAUAAGCUUACUAUCUGUCCAGAACACUUCUCUCUCACCAAAACACUUCGCAGUGUUUUACCUAAUUCCUUCUGGCAAGGCUACAACUACAUAGUACUUUUAGUGUUCAGCAAAAAAGUCAGAACUGACUUUGAAAGAGCGAUGGAACUGAGGUGGAAGAAAUGUAAGCUGAAAAAAAAAAAUGGACAAAUUUAAGUAAAUGCUACCAUCAAUAUUGCUGCAGUUAGGUACUUGUAAAGAUGCUCAUAACAGGUAAUGUGAAAGGUACUGAUAGUUUGGUGUAGCUUACCAUUACAUAACACAAGUUCACCUGGACUCUGGGAAAUAGAGACGUUCUAAAGAUUGUGUACACGUCAAAGGACCAUAUUAGGGCUGUCUUGAACCACACCAGGGAAAGUACAGGUAGUACUUCUUCAAGAGAUGGUAUCUCUUACCUGCAUCUUAAGAAAAUAAGCUAUACCAUGCCAAUAGUUAAUGCUUUUCAGGUGCUUGCAUGUCUCAAAGUGCAAGCCUUGGUAAACACAAGGUAUCAAGUUGGAGAAAACAAGAGCCCUUUCUGGCAAGAGAAUCAGCCUUGUGUAGAUACCAUACAAUUUAAACCACAUGGAAAAUCAGAGCUGCCAUAACAGCAUAAAUGGAGCCACCCCUAGUUUGGGUAUGUGACUGUAACAAACCCCACUAAGUUGCACAGGUGCUUCUUCAGUAUUGGGUAUGCAGAACCGCCGCUAUUCUGUACCGUGCUUCUCCUCCACAGGCAUUGUCUUGUCAUUAAAGGAAAGUUAAAAACCCA